UAAAUACAAAUGAAGGUAGAGGUGAAGGGGUGAGUGUGGGAAGCCCGGCCGUGUUGUUGUGACAUUCCUGUCCAGCUGAGAGGCGGCCGCACGUGCACUCUAGACGGGGCUGUGAGGCCACAUGCUGCCCCCUCCUGCAUGCUGGCACCUCCAUCACCACCACCUCCACACCUCACACUCCACACCCCUGCAAGCAUGACCGAUGACGCACUCGAGAACAAUGUCUUCUACAGACACGUUAAGCUCCCACUUGUGCAAUUUUCAGUGAUUAGUGGAUUCAGACUCCAAAGUCCUUAUCUUCAUCAAUCUGCUGCAAGGAGCACCAUGGUGAGGAGAUGGCAAGAUGGUGUGAGCCCAACUGGGUAGUGUGUGUCCCUCAGCAGUCUGCCAUAGAGAAUGUGCCCCUCUCUACGCCUAUCAUAGAAGCACAUGCUUUGAAGCAGUAUAGCUCAUCUGGUCAAUAUGUAAGUGCUCUGUACGGAGAGGGCUUAAUAUAUGAGAUAACGGGCGAGGAGCCAAGAGUCGUUAUUGCCAACGAAGAGGAGCUAACAGAGGUUGUGAUUUCCAAGGCAACUGUUCUUAAUGAGUACCUGGUCACUUUUAAGGAUAAAGUCAUCCAUAUAUUGCUGUUAGACAAGUUGCUCAAUACUGCACAGGACCAAGAUGCUGAAGUGUCAAAUCAACUCAUCUCAACAACAAUCACCUCAUUUGCUCAGGCAGAAAAGUUCUUGUGCAAGUUCCGUUGCCACCAGCCACUUCUUCAGGAUAUUGACAGAAAGGUGAAGGAGGCCUCUGAACACAUUCAUCCAGCCAAUGAUGUAGACCAGAUGCAGAAUGUGUUGCAGGAUGUGCUCAUCCACUGCUGGGAGACUUUACUCAAGAAACAUUCUCCAAUUGUUCAGAUGAAUACUAGCUUCCAGGACAUACUGUUUAGGGCACUGGAUUACUAUGUGUUAGGUCGCCUGCAUGAAGUGUUGUGGUGGCUAGUGUGUGAGCGAUGUCAAGUGGUUGACCAGCUGGUGAAGACAAGACUAUCUCACCUGCGCCAUGCUAAUCUUUCUGCUAUGCAGCUUGGUGUUCCGGCUAAUUACUACACCCCGCUUCCUGCUGCUGUGGUGGAAUUAGCAUCCCUGCCAAAUGUAGAGAGUGCUGUGGGGCGUCUUCAGUGCAUUAACUCAACCAUUGACUUGAUUCAAGCUCAGGCAAAGGAAGCUAGGGUUACUCUGCACCAAUACAAAGAUCAAGAUGGGGAACCUGAGCUGGUGCUGAGCACAGCGGAGUUGGUGGCCCUUUUGACAACGGUGGUAGUACAGGCUCAGUGCUCUCACCUUGUAUCUAACAUCUACUACAUGACGCACUUCGUCUUCUCCGUUACUGAGGAUGAUCCACUCUGGAAAAGUCUUGGUCUGUUGCGACUCACUUUGGAGAACAUAAUGAAGCUUGAUGUAGCUCGCCUUCCACCUGCCACCAAAAACAUGCGAAAGGAGCUUUCCCUUCAAGACCUUAUGCAGGUUAGUGCUGAAGUUGAGUCAAGAUUUGAAACAAAGGGAGCCAGUCGUAGUAUUGGUGAUAUUACAGCCUUGGAUCUACAGCUUCAUCAAUUAACUCAGCAGAUCCAGCUCUCAACACAGGCACUGUCUGACACACGCUUGAUUGAGAGGAAUUCGGCCAGUCGAAGGUCUGAUCGUUCAGCAAUGUCUCCCACACAAGACAGUGGUAAAGUGCAGAGUUUCAGGGAGUUUCUGUCGGGCAUCCCAUCAUCAUUGCGUGAGAGCUUGCGGCGCAGACAGUCACAACAGAGAAGUGCCAUUCAAUCUUCACUCAAUGGGUAGGAUGUACCAUGACCUUCAUCAAUUAGUGAAAAGUUGUCAUAUUGGAUAUACUCCUUUUAAAAUAGUUCAACACACCAUCAGAAUGAUCAACACAUUAGACUUAACAGUUUUGUUCUUAAAGAUUUAAAACUGGAUGGCUUGCUUGUCUGGGUUACAGCCAGUGAAAUAAUUUUGGUAGCUACAUGUGUGAAGUGAUGGGACUAGAUUAUAUUUCAGUACACAUGGUGCCUAAGGUUGAUGGGCUGUAUUUUGUGCACGUAGCACAACAAUAUUUGUGGGUGUAUUGCAGAGGCUGAGUUUGAACCUUUGGUAGUUGUAUUCUGCAUAGGGAUUUUUAUUCUUAACAUCUAAAUCCAUCACACACAUGAUAUGCAAGCCCAUGUAAUGAAUGGGGAGUGGUAUUUGCAAGCAAUUGUUGUCAUAUAUCAAACUUAGUUUCUCUGAUUUAUACAAGUCCCAAAAUUCAGAUAAUUUUAUAAAUAUUAGGAAAGAUAUCUAAAUUUGCAGUCACUCACACUGCACUUUGUUGAAUUUUUGAAUGAUUGGGUUUUGCAGCAGGGUUUGAGGUAGCUUUGUUUAGCUUUAUGAAGAAUGGAAAUGUAUUGCAUUAUGACGGGUUAAAGUGCGGCAGUUACUUCGGAUGUUUCAUACCUUCGUGCCUCCAGAAUCUUGAAGUAUGAUUUUUUAAAUGGUUUUGUAAAGAUGUAAAUAACAGAUUGAUGGUUUGGUAAAUGAUGAUUUUGAUACAGGAUAUUGUAUCAUAAUGUCUUCAGCUAUAUGUGUACGGUAUGGGCUAUUUUACCUGCCACAGAAAAUGGCAGUUUACCCUCCUUAUUUAAUGUUACUUGAAAUCAACCAAAUAAAACUUGCCAAAACAAACUACUCAAGUUUGACAAAUACUGUAUAUAAUUUUGUAAACACACAACUUGAAAUUUGUUGGCAGUUUAUUGGUUGAAUUUUUUUUACAAUACAGUACCUAUAAAAAAAUAAAAGGUACAUUGUGAUUGGAUAGAGGCUAGUAAUAAGCUUAUGUAGAACAAAUAUAGUAUUGUAGUUACAGAUGUUUGACCAUUGAGGGCAAGCAGUGGUAAUGUGAAUAAAUAGCACUUGAUAUACAUGCAGUACAUAUUUCCAUUUAUAUUUGAUUAUGCAAAAAUGUACUUUUAGUGUAAAUAUAUGCAGUAAUAAAUGUUAUUUGAUAUUUACAUUAUAAAUGUUGAUAUACUUAACAUUUCUUUGCAUUGUUCAAAACUUCGGAUUCCAUCAGUAAACACAGUGCAGGGAAAAUAUUACAAGUGUAGCUUCCCAAAGUAAGCAAUAAUAUUUUCUAGCUACAGUACUUUUGUGCAGAAAUGUUAUUUUCCAGUGUAGGUGUUAGGUGCCUUAUCAGUAGUCUUCUGUCAGUGUUUGUAGUGGAUAAAAUCCCACACAAAAACCCUUGUGAUAUUGUCCGUCCAUACAUAUACACGAUUUUUGCAAUGUGUGUUGGUAUUCCAAGCUGUAUGAACAAAAUGUUGUAAUAAAAUGUAUAGUGUUCAGUGUGCUAGAUAAAUAUAUCUGAUUAUAUAUUGAAGUAAGAACAAUGUCAGUACAGUUGAGGCUUAAUUUAUUAAAGAUUUUUUGUAUACAUGGCAGUGAACAGAAGCAUCUUUUGUAAGAUAGUAUUACAGUAAUUCCUUGAGUUACACAAGGGAUGUGUUCCUGUAGAACUUUGUGCAGAGUGAAUUUACACACAUCAAACAUAUCGUUAUUAGGAAAAAUAGGGAUGUGUUCCCACAGACCCAAAUCAUGGUAUUUUCCACUCCUAUCUCAACAAAACAUGUACAUUUGUAUAUUACAAAUGUUCUCAAAUGUACAUUUGUACAUUACAAAUGUGCUCCUAUGAAAUCAUCACAAAUACAUUAACGUGAGUAUGGUACUCAACAUACUAUAUAAGCUUGUGUAUCUGACUUAUGGUACCUUUGUUUACGAAUUUAAUCCGUUCCUAGAGACGGUUUGUCAACCGAAAAUUCAAAAACUGAAACGCAUUUUCCCACAAGAAAUAAUGUAAAUUGAAUUAAUCCGUUGCACACACCCAAAAAUAUUAACUUCUUCUAUCGUCAUCUGAGACCUGGAAUUUCAAGAACAAGAGGUCAUAGAGUUAACCCUUGUGUGGCUCAGG